GACGUAUUAUAGACCACGUGAUCAAAUUAUGCGCAUGCGUAGAAGAAAGAAAAAUGGAUGGUCAGAGGAGCUUGGACAAAGUAUCAGCAGACUCUGAUGGUGAUUUGAAAAAUGAAGCAGAUUCAUCUCCACAGAAAGUCGAUGAUGCUUAUGAUGUAUUAACUGAAGAAAUGGAAGCUUCACUUUCUCCUAAUGGAAGUGUGGAUAAACAUGGAGAUGAUGUUGACAUUAUGGCUGGCAUUGAUGACAUUGACAGUCAACACUUUGAAGUUCUUGAUGCUGUUGAGGAUGGUGACCCUUCACCUACUGAAGCUACUGCUACAGAAGAACAGCCAAAGGAAGCUGCUGACGAAAAGGUUGAAUUUAAAAGUCCCAGUCCAGAUUUGUCUAACAAAACUUCUGCUAAGAAAGGAAGUGAGAACUCUGGUGCAAUUUCUCCAAUUAGAUUUGAAAGUAAAGAAGCUACUUCAUCAAGUAAAGUCGAUAAAAGUAAAGACAAAAAAUCAGAACCCCUUCCCCACAAGAUUACUGAUAGACUUUUUGUGAAUACAAGAUAUUUUGUCAUAAAGAGUAAUAAUUAUGAAAAUGUUGAUAUUGCUAAAUCCAAGAAUGUUUGGUCAACACUCCCAUACAAUGAGAAGAAACUCAACAAGGCAUACAGAGAUUGUCGAAACGUCCUGUUAAUUUUUUCAGUGAAGGAAAGUGGAGGUUUUCAAGGUUUUGCUAAACUGGUGUCAGAGUCUCGUAGUGAUGUGCCUAGGGUACAUUGGGUUUUACCUCCAAGUAUGUCUGCCUCUCAACUUAGCCAUGUUUUUAAACUUGACUGGAUUCACAAGGGUACUCUUGCAUUUAAUCUAUGCCAAGAUUUGAAGAAUCCAUGGAAUGAGAAUAAGCCUGUAAAGAUUGGUAGAGAUGGGCAGGAGAUAGAGCCAUCAGUUGGAGAAAAGUUAUGUAAAUUGUGGUUAAGUUUGAAUGCUGAUGGCUCAUCUAGUGCUAGCUCUACUGUUGCACCUAGAGACAGGAGGAGAUUAUCAGGCUCACACUAUCAUGAUGUGCAUGUCUCUCAACAACCUGCUUUAUUUCCUACUUUGUCUCCUUAUGUUUCUGCUCCUUUUGCUCACCCAUCACUUGGACUAUUUGCCGGUGGAAGGCCACCACACAUCCAUUUAAAUCCUACGCUUUACCCACCCCCAAGUAAGCAUCAUUUAUCUCAAGCUGAAGCACUGUUAGAUGCUAGGAAGAAAAAAUCUGAGCACUCACAUAGGAGAGAUCGAGUAGCACGUGAUCGAAGUCGUAGCAGAAGUAAGGAAAGGGAUGUUUCUACUAACUCUAGGAGCAAAGGAAAGCCUGAUUCAUCCAGACGAAGGAGGAGUCGAAGUAGAAGCAGGAGUAGGGAAAGAAACUCUAGGCAUGAAAAGGAACGAGAGAAAAACAAACGGGGGCAUACAAAGGAGUCAGCUUUUGAGAAAAGUUUUGGUGUAUGUAAGGAAACUCUUCUUCAUGGCUCUUAUGCUGAUUACAUUAAGGAAUAUGCUGCCCGAAGCACUAGAGCUAGUGGACCUACUUCAUCUAUGGGUGUGAAUGUUGCCGGUAUUGCUUCACAAUAUCAGAAAGCUUUAUCUCAUGUAGCAACUGCUCUCGCAUCUCAAACUGCAGCUGAGUCUCAACAGCCAAUGGAUCCAGCAACAUAUAAUAAAAAAGUAGAGGAAUUUCUUCAAAGAAUGAAGGGGAAAUCACAAUCAUCUGCUUCAAGUCAUAGUAAUUGAUAAAAAAUAGACAAUUUCUGCUAUACUUUAUAAUUUGUACAUUUAAUAAUAAAAAUAAUUUAUUAUUUUGUUUAUUUAUGACAAUCCUUGCUUGGGUCUUGCAUUAA